CUUGAAGUGAGCCCCUCUCCUGCUGGUAGGUUCUCUUACCUGCAGACCCCCAUCCCUGUGCAGCAGAGGAAAGUGAAGGGCACUCCAUCUGACUUAAAUGUCAUCUACGAGUCCAAGGAUGAAGGGAAAGCCAACGCACAGGCCGCUUCCUGUUCUCCAUGGCGGCUCUCUGCCAUCAUCCUUGGGCCCAUCUGCCUGAUCUUGCUGAUUCUGGUGAUCGUGAUGGCUCAACAGGUUUACCAGCUGUCCCAGAAAUCGGAGCAACAGCUGGAGGUCAUUGACAUGGAAAACAUAAUCCUCUCGGACACUCUGCAGCAGCUCACAACUGGCAAGGAGGACAACUGCAGCAUGUGUGAGGUGGACUGGGACCAGCAGGCAGCCAGCUGUUACUCCUUUUCUACAUCCGCAAAAUCCUGGCAUAACAGCUUAGACGCAUGUACUGCAAUAUCAGCCAGUCUGGUGAAGAUAGACACGAAGAAGGAGCUGGAGUUCUUGAAACAUGAGAUCUCCAAGCAUGUGUACGUGCGCCAGGGACAGCAAUUCCACUUCAGUUUCUGGACAGGGCUGAACUACGACAACGACAUCGGGAACUGGACGUGGGCUGACGGCUCCCCUUUCUCCUUCCAGCUGUUUCAGGUCCCGGGAGCUGAAGGCUGCGCAUACAUGCAGAAGGGGGACAUCCGCACACAGAGCUGCGCCAAAUGGGAGGUUUAUAUCUGCGAGAAGCCAGCCAAGUUUGGGGGGAACUGAGGAACAACAGCAGGAGUGGCCUCAGGGCCUCUGCGGAUCUUCCCCAUCCUGGCACAAUGUGGGUGUCACGCUCAGCCUGUUCAUCACAAGCGCACUGAGCCCAGUGGGGACAUGUAGCCAGGAGCCUGCUGCCAAGUUCUCCCUGUUACCUUUAGUUAAAGGUGUGUUGACAACAGUUGCUCAGUUAUUGAUUGUGUUUGAGGAA